UGCGCCCUCACUGCAGUGGCGCAGUGGAUUACGUCACUAGUUUUCAAUUCGCGGCGCGCGUACGUUGCCGCCAUUUGAAUAAACACACAGCAGAGAGCAUACAGUGCACAAAUGGAGGGCAACGAAGGAGAAAUUUGCAAGGCACCAGCCAACAUGCGAUCAAAGGUUUGGGAUUACUUCGGUUUUCACAAAGUAAAUGGAAAGAUUGACAAGUCCGUUGCAGUUUGCAGACAUUGUAAAUCUGACUUAAAAUACUUCGGAAAUACAACGAACCUUAGCAACCAUCUCCGCAGACGCCAUGCCAUUAAGGUUGACAUGCCUGCACCUAAAGCAGCUAGUAUUUCAGGGUCAGACGUGAGAAGUGCUACUCCUAACCUAUUUGGUCAACUUCAGAGUCUUCCCGAAAACACCCAUCGUGCUAAAUCAAUAACUGCAUCCAUUGCGAGAUUUAUUUGCAAGGAUAUGCGCCCUUAUAGUGUUGUGGAAAACACUGGCCUCCGAGAAAUGAUAAAAACUUUAGAACCAAGAUACAAAAUACCCAGCCGUCAGUUUUUCAGUGAAAAAUGCAUCCCGGAAUUGUAUCGGUCUACAAAAGAGGAACUACAGGUCAAGCUUUCCCAAUCUGUCCGUGUUGCCCUCACGACUGAUUCUUGGACGUCGUGUUCGACAGAGUCUUAUGUGACAAUUACCGCACAUCUGAUUUCCAUGAACUGGCAAAUGCAGAGCUUUGUUCUUCAAACAAGGACUCUAAACGAAGCCCACACAGGCAAAAACAUUGGAGAAUUGCUGCGCGAUGCCUGUUCCGAGUGGACAAUUGCAGACAAGAGUCCGGCUCUUGUUACUGAUAACGCCCGGAAUAUGAUUGUUGCAGGUAAAGUUGCAGAAUUUACCCCCCACAUCACUUGCUUUGCACACACUCUAAACUUGAUGUCUCAAAAGGCCAUGAAAGUCACCAGUGCAGAGCAAUUGUUGGGCAAAGUAAGACGUGUUGUCUCUUUUUUCCACCGAAGUUCAACUGCUACGUGCACGUUAAAAGAGAAACAGCAAAUUCUCGGCUUGCCGGUACACAAACUUAAACAGGACGUCUGCACUAGGUGGAAUAGUUCGGUGGAAAUGCUUGAGCGUUUCUUAGAACAACAAAGUGCAAUCUUGGCAACGCUUAUGUCAAAGGAUUUGCGGAGGGGAACGGAAGUACACUCUCUCACAGAAACGGACAUCAGUAAUGCUGAGGAUAUAGUGAAAGUAAUGGCACCCAUUAAGAUCGCUACUACUAUGAUGUGUGAAGAAGAACAACCAACCGUGUCUGUGAUUGCGCCUCUCCAGGCUAAACUACUCAAACAUCUCGAGCCCUGCGAGGACGACACAGACAUGACUCGAGAAAUGAAAUCAGCGAUGAGAACGGACUUUUCAUCCCGGUAUACUAACUCACGCGACAUUCUGCUUAAAGCAUCUGCAUUGGACCCCCGCUUCAAAGGGCUACCCUUUCUAGAAAAUGAAGAAAGAGAACUUGUCUUCACUAAACUUACUGUUGAUGCCACAAACAGUAUUCAAGUGGAACAGCAGGAUGCAGCAGUUGAAGAGAAACCACCAGAAACGGCUGAAGAAGAUGAGAUGCGUCCUGCAAAAAAACUGAAAGCUAUGGAUUUGCUCUUCGGCAACAUCUUUGAGCAGGUGCCAGAGACCUGUCCACUAUCAAGGUCAGCUAGCGUGGUCAGCAGAGACGAGGUACUAAAAUACAGAUCCAUGGUUCCUCUGCCACUGACUGAAAAUGCACUGGACUGGUGGAAGUCCCAUGAGACAGAACUGCCAAUCCUUGCAAAUCUGGCAAGAAGUUCUCUUUGCAUUCCUGCUACUAGUGUGGCCUGGCAGGAGACAUAGUGUCUUCUCAGAGAAGCAGUUUACGGCCAGAUUGUGUUGAUCAAUUAAUUUUUUUGAAAAAAAAUCUCAAGUAGAUUGUGUUAGAAAAAGGCAAGUCAUAUAGACAUUUGUUUGUUCAAAUUUGUCUUACUGAUGUUUUAAUUGCAGUCUGUUUGGUAUUACUGCACGUUGGACUUGGCCUGUUGUACUUUUGCACUUGCUGUAUUUGCACACUUUGGUGUUUGUUCAAAUUUGUCUUACUGCACUCACCACCAUGUUUUAAUCGCAGUGUCUUUGGUAUUACUGCACGUUGGACUUGGCCUGUUGUACUUUUGCACUUGCUGUAUUUACACACUUUGCUGUAUUUUUCACACUUUGCUGUAUUUCCUAAAUGUUCAGGAAAUGUAUGCAAAGUUUAAAAUAAAAGCUAUGGUGCAUUGAAUAUGUAGAAGUAGUAUUAUUUUUCUUGGUUUACUUGCCUUAAUGUAUUUUUUAGUCAUAAGAAGUUAAGCUAUCAAACUGAA